UCAGGAGCCUCGGACAUUGGCCUUCGUUACCCUACGCAGAAUCGCCUCUGGAUUAGGUACGAGUUUUUUUUCUAUCCAACGGUCGCUCCGUUUUUGGGUCGUCCACUAAGAUGGGCCACAAUUCGGAGUUGGGUUUUAACAGGUCGGCGACAUUGAAAUUUGGGAGGCUGAGCAUGUUGAGCCCCACCUCAAAUAGAUGAGACAUACAUUGUACCUCUCCAUAGGUUCCAAGUCCGCACAGGAAGGUGAAGGACGAGCACUGCCCUUGACGGGUAUGGCAACGGCGUGCGCCUUCUCUCAGACGGUGCCUGUCGCUGGAAUUCCGACUAGAUCUACGUUUUCUCCCACUAAACUUAAGAGUUACUUGAUUCCCGCACUAGGGUUAGCGAAGGUUUCAUUCUCUGUGAACAAGAGCCUCGGGGGAUCUGUGAAAGCUACAGGGCGAUCGAAAGGGAGAGCAGGUGUUGGUACUGCUGGCCGGGUGAAAAUGGCUGCCUCCACGGAGAUUUCUUCAACAUCUGAGGCUGAAUCAAGGCCUUUCGGAGUGUUGUUCGUGUGUUUGGGCAACAUAUGUCGAAGCCCAUCGGCAGAAGCUGUGUUCAGAGAUGUAGUGGAGAAGCGCAAGCUGGACUCUCAAUUCAACAUUGAUUCAGCAGGCACAAUCGGUUACCAUGAAGGAAGUCCUGCUGAUCCCAGAAUGAAAGCUGCAGCAUUGAAGAGAGGAGUGAAGCUUACUUCCAUUUCGAGGCCAAUUCGACCCUCCGAUUUUGAAGAGUUCGAUCUCAUACUUGCAAUGGACAAGUCAAACAAAGCGGACAUCCUAACGGCAUAUGAUAGUUGGAACAGAAGGGGCACCCUCCCAGCUGGUGCAAAAGAGAAGGUCAAGUUAAUGUGCAGCUAUUGCACCAAACACGACGUUGAUGAGGUGCCAGACCCGUAUUAUGGAGGACCGGCAGGUUUUGAGAAGGUACUGGAUUUGCUGGACGAUGCGUGUGUAGGACUGCUUAAUUCUAUACAGGAGCUCCAAGCACAAGAUAAAAAGGUCAAUGUGAAGACAUCCACAUGAUCUUGUAAUGGUCAAUCUUGUUUAGGGCUGUGUGGAUCACCUUGACAUAUGAAUUGAAUAACUGCUAAGAUCAUGUAUAUGUAACGAAAAACAAAAUCUAUUGAUUCUUUAGUCUUGCUGAAGCUUCUUAUACUUCAUACUUUUA